AUGGCAUCCGCAGCCGCACCAAAGGUGCCCAUUUACUCUCUCAAUGAUCUAAAAAGCACAACCGACGACGCUUUUACCCCCUACCUCUGCACUCUCCCUCAACCCUACACCUUCACCCGCGACAACUCCAAAACCACCAUCCGAUUCAUCCUAGGCUAUACCGCCGUCGCAAUCGCCGGUGUCACAUUCUACCUCGAUCGCCAGUUAGGCUGGGAAGCCACCGAAGCAGUAUGGGUGAAAUGGGCGGUGGGCGUGUAUUUCCUGCUGAAUACAUUGUUGCAGUACUGGAUUUGGGCUGUGGAGGCUGGUGAGGUGUUUAGGGGCGUUAGGAAGGAUGGGAAUGCGAUAACAAUUCAAUCCCUCACGAAAAAGCAUAGCCCCAUCUACAAGAUCAAGGUUCAAUACGCAACUCCAAAGGGAAAGAUACUUCAACGAAAGGAGAUUGAGUCACCCUUUACGGCUUGGUUUGCGGCGAAUGGAACGUUUCAUCCGGAACCGUUCAGGGCUUGGCUGGCGAAGGAGAUUGAUGUUUUGGGGGAGGCUCAGAAGGAGACUCUGAAAAAGACCGGUGAUGUUUCGGGGCAUGUUGGUGUUGAGGAGGAGUCUGUCCCCAGUAACAAGGGUAAGGGGAAGAAGAAAUAG